GGAUAAUCUUCGUACCUGGCAACCCCGCCGGCCCUCAGACGGCCGAUCCUCCUGCAUCCUGGUACUUACCUUCAUCCUGGUAACUCACAAGUCCCCGGACCAAAAACAGGAAGUGCAGCAUGAGUUCAGCUGCAGAGGACGAGCAGGCUGCAGCGCUACAAACCGUCAAGUCCGUCACUCUCACUCAGGACAGUGAUGGAAGCAUCAUCCUGCACUGUCCUCCCAAUGACGAGGACUCGGGGCCCCUUCAGAAGAAGCUGCGCCUCUCUACAGAAGAGCAGGAAGACUUGGACACUCCUCAGUUCUCUGUGGUCACCUUACCGAUGUCGGAGAACGACGAAGGCUUCGAGGUGACGAUGACGGCCACAGCAGGCGGGGAUCUCUCCGAGGAAGGAGUCGCUCAGAUUCAGAUUCUGCAGGAGGAUGAGGACUCUCUCUCGCCCAAUCAGAAGUCAGAGGUGUCUCCUGUCAGUCAGGCCUGGUUCACUACGAAAGAAGACAAAGACACGCUGGCGAACAAAGGUCACAAGUGGAAGCAGGGCAUGUGGUCCAAAGAGGAGAUCGACCUUCUGAUGAGCAACAUCGACCAAUACGUGAAGGGCCGAGGCAUCGAGGACCCAGCGGAGAUCAUCUUUGAGAUGUCCAAAGAGGAGAGGAAGGACUUCUACCGCUCCGUGGCGUUGGGGUUAAACAGGCCGCUGUUCGCCGUCUACAGGCGAGUUCUACGGAUGUACGACAACAGGAACCACGUCGGGAAGUACACUCCUGACGAGAUCGAGAAGCUCAAAGCGCUCAGGGAGAAACACGGGAACGACUGGGCGACCAUCGGAUCAGCUCUGGGUCGCAGCGCCUCUUCCGUCAAAGACCGCUGCCGACUCAUGAAGGACACCUGCAACACAGGUAAAUGGAGCGAGGAGGAGGAGCGACAUCUGGCUGAGGUCGUGUACGAGAUGGCGGGCGUGACGCCGGGGUUGGCGGUCACAGGAGGCGUUUCCUGGGCGACGGUCGCCGAUCAGGUUCGAACGCGCUCAGAGAAACAGUGUCGGUCCAAGUGGUUGAACUACCUGAACUGGAAACACAGCGGAGGAACCGAGUGGAUGAAGGAGGACGACCUCAACCUCAUACGCAGGAUAUCGGAGCUGGAGGUGGAGGAUGAGAAUGAAAUCAAGUGGGAGGAUCUGGCCGGCGGGUGGAGCAGCGUCCGGUCGCCUCAGUGGCUGCGGUCCAAGUGGUGGAGCAUCAAGAGACAAGUCGCCAACCACAAGGAGAUCCCCUUCAACGUCCUCCUGAAGGGUCUCCAGGAGCUCAUGGUGUCCUCACAGACCGCGUCAGGACCGGGGAGUCCCUCCUGCUCCUCCUCUUCCUCGCUCCAGAUCCGACUCACCCGAUUGGAGGAGAGCCCCGCCCCCAGCUCUGUGGCCGCGCUGCAGAUCCCCGUACAGAUCCCGCUGCAGAUCACACACCUGGAUCCUUCAGCCGCCGCCGCCGGCGACAGUGAGACCAUCACCCUGAACACGGGAGCACUGCAGACCUUCGAGAUCCUGCCUUCCUUCCACCUGCAGCCCACCGGCACCCCGGGGACCUACUACCUCCAGACGACGUCCAAUCAGGGCCUGCCGCUCAGUUUAGCCAAUAACGGCACGGUCACCUUGACGACGGGCUCCUCUCCCUCGUCACACGAACACAUCAUCCUUCACAGCCUGUCGGCGGACGGCCUCUGCUCCAGCGACGGCGUCAUCAUCCAGACGGUCACCUCUGACCCCGCCUCCUCGGACCCUCUCUGCCAAUCACAGCUGGUCGUGGAGACGGAGGUGCGGAGCCAGGACGACCACCUCGACGCCACGAGUCUCCUGGAGGUGUCGGAGAACGUUGUCACGGAAACUCAGGAGCCAAUGACAGACGGCUUCACAGACAAGGAGCUGAGUUCACAGUCUGUUGAGGGUUCAGUGGUGCAUUCUGGGAUAACAUCUGGCAGCGCCGUGCUGAUCGUGUCUCCUCCCAACAUCAGCAGUACACUAACAGAUCCCAUCCUGGAGAACCAGGAAGUGUCCGACUGAGCUGGACUCACAGGACGGACUACAGGAGGAGGAGGCUGCUUCUUCUUCUGUGGUGAAGCUGCUGCACAGGACGACAGCACAGGACGAGGAGGCUGCUUCUUCUUCUGUGGUGAAGCUGCUGCACAGGACGACAGCACAGGAGGAGGAGGCUGCUUCUUCUUCUGUGGUGAAGCUGCUGCACAGGACGACAGCACAGGAGGAGGCUGCUUCUUCUUCUGUGGUGAAGCUGCUGCACAGUUAAAUUAAACUGAACUUUUGAGCUUUAUGUGUGUAAAGCUUCGAGCUGAACCCCUGGACUAAAUGUGAACGCAGCGCUGCACCGACAGACCUGCUGCACGGCCAAAGACACUCUACAGACUGAAGGAUGUGACCUCCGUCCUUAAAUGUUCAUACGUAUAUAUAUAAUUAAAUAAACACUGACGAAGCAAAUUGAAUAAUUUCCCUUUUCUCAUUGUAAAAAUAAACUAUUUCAGAGCUCUUUUCUUUUCUCUGAACUUAAAGAAAGUUUAUUUUAAGCUUCUGAUCUUUAGGUUUCUCUCACACGAUCAACACAAUUCUGUAAAAUAUGAAUUCCUCUUUAGUGAUUUGAUCGGCUUCUCUGAUAUUUCUUUUAACUGUAACUUUAUCAAUAAAAACACUUUGUUAUGU